UUUUUUAUUUUACAUUGGAUCAUCAGGAGUUUCGCUUACAGAAAUACGAAUAAGAACAUUUCCAACUUCGUUUCGUAAGCUCCUUUACAAGAUGGCAGAGCAAGUACAGGAACAACAAGUAAAAAAAGUAAAAAGGCAUUUGGAAGGAUGGCGCAUGGCUCUUUUGCCCCUUAAAUCAGUCCUUUUAUGGGAACAACAGUGGCAUCCUUGCGCUAUUUUCGCAUCAGUAUCCAUUUUAUUUUUUUCGAUUUGGCUAAUGGAUCUUAACGCUUUAGCGACAAUAUCAGUUGUUGGUCUAUUGUUGAAUUUUCUUGACUUCAUAGUACCAAUAAUCUCUAACACUAUUUGUGGUCCGAACUCUUGGACAGGCCAAAAGGAAAAACUGUUUGAAGAGAUUUGUCGAAGCAUUGUAAUACAUUACAAUAAAUUAUUGAGCAACAUCAAAUCAUUCUAUUCCAUGAGAGACAACAGCCCAGCAAUGUAUUACAUAAUAUCCAUCACCAUGCUGUGCAUCUUGGCCUGGAUGGCUUCAUCCAUUAACAAUAUAUUCCUGUUGUACAUAUUUUCUACCGUGGUGCUCCUUUGGCCUGGCAUUCAACAACAAGGAAUUUUUAAUAGUCUCUUGUCAUUAAUUCACAAAGCACCAAAAGUCGUUUUGAAAUCAGAUUAAUUCCUUCUCCACUUUAAUCUUUUUAUAAUAAUUAGCUUUUUAUCACAGCUGAAGUUUUAAGGUCUUAUACCUUGUGAUCUCUUUUUAUAUUUGUGAUAUUUAAAUAUUACUAGACUUUUAACCUACUUUUACAUCAAGAAAUAUAGCGAGGAAAGUUAAGGGUUGCAUAAUUAUGUAAUUGCAGCUAGUAUUGUAUAGAUGUUGUGCAUUGGUGUUUUGUUUUACAUAAAAGAAAACAAUUUUAACAUAAAGAUUGUAAUGAUAUAAUAUAGUCAUGUAUGAACUGGUCAUUGUUUUAAGUUUAAGUAAGCUUGUUCAAUGUGAGCUUUAAAUGAUUUUAGUUGGGUUGAAUAAAAAAUAUAUAAUCUU